CAUGAACAUGUGGGACAUAUAAAUGAUAUUAAACUAAACCUUCAAAAUGGGACCGUGAACUCACACUCAUUCAAUUUGUGAUUUCCAAAAUCUUCUUCAGGUAUCCUUCAGGUAACCUCUCAAAGACCCUUCCCACUCCAUACUUUCCCUUCCUCCACCUGACAUCACUCCCUCCACCUCCCUCCCAGACAUCUCACUUUCCCUUACCAACAGCGCUACAGGGAAAGAGGAGGUCAGUUGUAGUGUUGAGGUGUCGUGGUAGAGCUGCUGUAGAGUUGAACUGUUGCCAUAGUGUUCAAGUGCUGUAAUAGUCCUGUGGGAUUGCUGUGAUACUGCUGAAGUGCUGUAAAAGAUCUGAGAUAGUUCUGUGAGACUGGGUCACUCUCUAUCCAUCAACCAUCCACAGUGCUUCAAGAUCAUCCACCAGUCUAUCCCGUGGACCCAGACAAGGAUACGGAUAGUCUAAGCAAAAAUGCAGCUAGAAUGGAGCCAGAAGAUGCUGGUGAUGGUGUGGCUGUUGUUGGAGAUACUGGUGGAGGUGGAGGGGGCACGCGUCUCCCUCGACCUCUCCAAUAUAAAGGACCCCCAACACUUACAGAAGCUGGAGGAGUUCACAAUGUUAUCAUUUUUCGUUGUGCCCACCACCACCACCUUCACUCUGAUCAUGAACCAACGAGCAAGGAAGGGAAUGUCCGGUCUUCUGAGUGACAGCAGGGAAGAGCUAGAUACCAGUCUAUCCCAGCAGCAGCAGCAACAGGAGAAGGAGAAGCAGCAGCAGCAGCAGCAGCAGCAGCAGCAGCAGCAGCAGCGGCAGCAGCAGCAGCAGCAGCAGCAACAGCAACAGCAGCAACAGCAGCAGCAGCAGCAGCAGCAACAACAACAACAACAACAACAAAGGCAGCAAUACAGUAAAUCUCUCUUCUUGGCCACCAAGGCCAGAGAGCCACCAGGUGUGACUCCAGGAAUGCCUCUGCUGGAUGGAGACGAGAAAGGAUUUCCAUUAACUUUUGGAGAAGGCAAAGGAUCCCCUUUAAUUGCUGCAAAGGAUCUGGGUCUCUCUUUAACUGAUGCAAAGAUCAGAGAAUCUCUUUCAUCUGGUAUACAGAACGUAAAACCGCUUUCAUCGAGUGCAGAGGACCUAGGAAUCUUUUUAACUCAGACAGAGGACCUAGAACAUAUUUUACCCAAUAGAGAGGUUAUAAAACCUAUUUUACCUAGUACAGAGGAUCUAGGCCUCUAUUUAACUAAUACUCAGAACUUGGGACAUUCUUCACCUCAAGCAGAGGAUCUAAAAUUCCCGGUGUCUGAUGUAGCAGAACAAGGACUUCCUCUACUGGAUAUGAAGGACCUAGGAACACUUUUUCCGAAUAUAAGCAAGGAUAAUGUUAAUUUGUUGAAGACCAUACUGACGGGAGAGGCCCUGCAGGUGACACUCACACCUACUGACGAAGACUUUGACGAGACCCUGGAGAUAAUGUAUAUUCUGAGGGCACGUCGCUGGCUGCCUAAUGCCCCUCUGCCACACCUCAAGAUAGAAGCUCUGGAGGAAUCUAGGAGUAGGAUACCAUUGGAGGUGGAGCUUCACCUGCAGGAGCUGACUUCAAGGACAGAGGAAAGUGUGGAGGCGGCUACUGGCAGGCAUUACCUCCAUCAUUCCUCUUCCAACAGGAGCAGUGCCGCCAGCAACAUGCAAGUUGAUCCCCACCACCUCCUGAAGAUGCUCACCAACAUCUUUUCCGUCACCAGGAACCAUGAGACGGCUCCCCUCGACAAAAUGGCCGCAAUGCUCUAUAUUACAAAGAAAUUCGACUCGUUUGGACUGAUGGUGGUGGAACAUGUGUUCUCUGCUGCUGAGUACAUCGCGUGGUUUGACGAGCCUCUUGAAGGACGGAACAUCAUCGGGGUGCUGAGUGGACGCUUGUGGGGGACACCUGAGGACGCACCCCUGGUGAUAGGUGCUCACCUGGACACCGUGGGUGGCACACCUGGCCUCGUGGAUGAUGGUUCUGGUCUGGCUGCCAUAGUGGAGGCUGCCAGGAUCCUCUCUUCCAGUGGAUGUUCCUUUGAUAACACCAUCUUCUUCGUAGCCUUCGACCUCGAGGAAAUAGGUACUCAAGGAUCGGUUCUCUUCGUCAAGGACUACCUCACAGGGACGGUGAUGGACAAGUUCAACAUUACUAAACUCACUGGCGCCUUCAUCCUUGACUGUGUGGCUACCUGGGACCCCAAACCACACACUCAGGUUUUCUCACCAACCUGGUAUAACCUGGUACCUGGACUGGAGGUCAGGUUGAGCGAACGUAAUUUUUCCGGUGACUUCACUGCCGUCAUCUACCGUACACAACUAGACUCUAACCUCGCCUACAGGUUUGCGCACUACUACAGAGCCUUGGGCCAGGAGCAGUACAAGAUAGAGAUGAUGGCUCUGCAGGAGCUGGGUAUUGAACUACCCAGCGUAUCUGUACUUCAGAACAAUUUCGACUUCCUUCGCUCUGAUCACUUCCGCUUCUGGUAUGCCAACCAUACAAUGCCUUCAAGCAAUAUCACAGUCACCACCAUCCCCGCCAUUCUACUCACCGAUACUGGACCAUUCCGUGGGAGGAUGCAAGAAUGUUACCACGGUCCAUGUGAUGGUCCAGAGAUGGUUCAGGACCUGGCAGACCUCGGUCUGCUGACCAAGGUGACGCAGGCGGUGGUGUGGACCUUGGCAGAGUUGGCCCGGGGCCGCUGUGGUCCCAGGGGAAGGUUCACUACAGACAUGAUCUUCAGGUUCCUCACAUCCCCAGAUGAUGUUUUCUAUCAAUCUGUCCACGACGAUUUGACACCCGUGUCCAGCCCUCCAGUGUCCAGCCUUGCUGUAUCCGGCACUCAGACACCCGUGUCUAGCCGUCUUGUGUCCAGCCUUGCUGUAUCCGGCACUCAGACACCCGUGUCUAGCCGUCUUGUGUCCAGCCUUGCUGUAUCCGGCACUCAGACACCUGUGUCUAGCCCUCCUGUGUCCAGACAUCCCGUAUUCAGCCUUCAGACACACUUAUCUAGUUCUCCUUUAUCCAGCCCUCAUGCACAAGUAUCUAACCAUACUAUGUCCAACCCUCCCGUAUCCAGCCCUGAGAAACAAGUAUCCAGCCCUCUUGUGUCCAGUCCUGUGUUCAGCCAUCAGACAAAUGCAUUUAGCCUUCCUGCAUUCAGAUCCCGCAUGCCCAACCCUCCUGGUUCUAAUCCUAUUAUUUCUGGAACUCCCUACCUGACAACUCUAGAACCGCAGACUCAACCAUCAUUUUCAAAACUACCUUUAAAAAACAUCUUAUCUCCCUAACACAGCUAUGUGAAAACCACCUAUUCUCAUUUUAUAUCAUGCAAACAUCCAAAACAAAAUAGACUUACUCUCGUUAUCUGUAAUUCCCCCUAAUUACACUCACCCAAAUGACUGUAAACAUAAAAUUCCUAAUAUAGCUAUUGCCUAAUAAAUCUUAAGUUAGUUCUAAGUUUGCAAUAUUGUUUUAUGUUUUGUACUACCUCACUAUUAGAAAUCUAAUUAAUCACUUCAGUUACCUAACUUUUAUAUCAAUAUGCAAUAAGGUAUAUUAGAACGUACUGUUCCAUAACCUGUUGUCAAUAUGGUGUAAGAAUUAGGAUCAGUCUGCCCGAAAUGCCUAGGCAUGCUAGAGGCCUUCCUUGUAAUUAAUAUUUUAUAUGUAAACCACACAUUGUAAGUUUUGCAGGGAAAUAAACAUUUUCAUUUUCAUUUCAUUUUCACAUCUGUUUUUAUCCCUCCUUUUUCCAUCCUGUGUUAGUUCUAGCCCUCCUGUUUCCAGCCCUCUUAUUCCCGGUCCUCCUUUUCCAGCCGUCAUUCAUACAUGCACUGUCUCCAGGCACUUACGUCCAGCCCUCAGACACCCGUGUACAACUCUCGGAUACCCGUAUCCACCUCUAGAACACGUGUAUCAAGCCAUCAUACAUCUCUAUUCAGUCCUUAUACACCCGUAUCCAGCACUCAAACACUUGUGUCCAGCCAUCAGAAUCACGUGUUGGGUCUUCUGUCACCCGUGUUCAACCCUCAGGCACCUGUGUUCGGCCCUCGUACACCUAUGUCCAGGCUUCGGGCACCCAUGUCUAUCCCUUAGAUACCCAAAUUCUGCCCUCGGACACUAGUAUCCACCAUUCAGAACUACGCGUGCAGUCCUCGGUCAUCAGUGUUCAGCUCUCAGACAUCACAGAAGUCUCCUGGAUCUUCCUCGUCUUUAGUUUCAUCCCAUUCGUUCCUACCAACUUCUAGCCGUUGUUGGUCCCAUCAUGGUCGAAGCUGUUU